UUUAUAUUUCCACUCAUUGGCUGCAUUUCAUACACUGAUUGCGCUACAAUCGAAUGUGUUACGUCCGUAUCCGGUUCAAAAUGGCUGACACAUAGCGUAGUAACUAGAGUCAGAAUGAGGUGCAUUGAACCUUGAACUCCAGUAUGGAUUCCUAUCCUGUAAAUGAUCAUGGAAUGCCAGGAACAGGACAACCAGGUCAAAGCCAGAGUCCGGACAUCUUGCAGGACCAGCAUCUACAGCAAUUACAUCAGUCCAUACAGCAGCAACAACAACAGCUACACCAGCAGCUAACAUCUGGCAGCAGCAGCAUCAGUGAACUCAUAGGAAUGCUCCCACAAACUGCAUCUCUGAGCAGUGGUAGCUCCAUGGCAUCUCCAGACUAUAGAUCUAGCAGCCAUCUUCCCUUGUCAACAUCACCAAUGUACUCCAGACACUCUAAUAGUUCCAGUCAUGGAUCAUCUCAGUCAACACCUGGACCUUCACAUUCUCACCAAAGCUCUUCAGACCACCAUGAUCGCAGCGAGCCCAGCAUCUCAUCCAUUGCUUAUACAAGACAAGGGGAUAGCUUUGUGUGUUCUCUGUGUGGCAAAGUUGUAGUUUCUAAAGCAGCCAUAACAAGACAUAUACAGUUGACCCAUGAAAAGAAAAAACCUUUCGAAUGUAAUAUUUGUCACAGACGCUUUGGUUACAAGAACAUUUUGAUGGAACAUCAGAACAUUCAUUUCGGAAUUAAACCUUAUGCCUGCACCUUGUGUGACAAAAGAUUUGCUGCCAGAUCCAAUCUUUUUCAACAUCGCUUGCUUCAUAUGAAGCCUUUUUGCUGUUACAUUUGCAACAAACGUUUUGACAGAGAUGAGCAGUUACAGAGACAUCUGAAACUUCACCCAACUGCAAAUGUUUUGUCUUGCAGUCAGUGCCCAUUCACUGCUACAAAUGUUGAGGCAUUAAAUCAGCAUCUUCAAGAAAGUCACAAACUGUUAACAUAUGACACACGCAGGCAUUCAUCCAGCUUUGACAGUGAUAGCGGUGACCCACCAUCUCAGGUUGUCAUGUCCUUACCAAGCCCAACAUUGACAUCGCCAGACAAAUCUCCUGGACAUAUGUCUUUGACAAUGGAUUCUGAAGCUAUGAGACGUAUUGAUACAAUUUGCUCACAGCUAGCUAGCAGAGGACAGAAUCACCACAGUGAAAAUUCUCAAGUGAAGCAGGAGCCACUCUCACCAGGAGGAGUCCGAUUUCCAUCAGAUAAUCAUUUCCCAUCAGCUUCCCCAUCAUCUAGAGAUCAUCACCAUUUCAGUCACGGAUCUCCAACCUCAUCACUAACCUCUGGUGGUUCCCGCAGCCAAACUCGACUGCCACCAUUUUCAGCAAACUUAGCCAGAUCCUACUCCAACCCAUCAGAUCCAGAGCAAGGAAGUCCCCUUUCGAUGACUACAGGCCGUAAAGAUGCAUCUCCUAUUCCAGGUCUAGAUGUUCUUGCCAGCAAGUUUUACAAUAGUCCACGAUUUCUACCUCCUAAUCGCAGAACGAACUCGAUGAAUUCUAUGAAUCCAAUGAAUUCAUUGAGACAUGGUCAAAGUGCAGAGCAUGUUAGGUCUAUUGCUGACUCCACAAGCAACCUGUCAGAGUUCUUCUCUACAUUACAAGGCCUUGUGCAGAGAUCUCAGGAGAUUCCAGAGCUUCAUGUGAACAUUUCAAAACCAAAGAUAACAAGAGAAAUAGGUACCCAAUACAAUAACACCAGUAUGCCAGGAGAACUUCCCUCUUUGGAGGACCUACUCAUCUAUUAUGAAUCUCAAGGACGACUGUAUCGCUGCCAGCACUGCCGCAUCAGUUUUGAAGAGCGAGGAUUGUACUUUCUGCACAAGUCCCUGCAUGGUGAGAUGAGCCCAUGGCAGUGCAGCAUCUGUCACAAGAUCUGUGCAGAUCGCAAUGAUUUCCACCUUCAUUUUGUCAACCAACAACAUAGGCCUGACCAAAUGAUGCAUUAAAUUCUAUGUUUCAGGCUGUGAGACACACAAAAAUAUGGUUUGCAGUAGUUAUUUUAACUAAAGAUUUAAUUAAUAUAACUUUGGUUUCAUGUAUUGAUAGAAAAAUGUUUUGGAAUCUUGAGGACUUUUUUUUUUCUUUUAUAUAACUAUUCCUAGUACAACCAUUAAAUAAACCAUUACUGUGAAGUUAUUGGAAGCUUAAAUUGAUAUUUAAUAAUGGGGUUUCUAUUUCCUGUGAUUGCUCAAAUAUGAAGAAGCCAUAUCAAUGGUAUAAUGGCAACAAAUAAAAAUGAUGAUUCUUUAGGCAAAUGUAUUUUAAGUUCAGAAAAUAAGAGAUAAAGGAACAAUCUAUUUUUUCUUGUUUAUGUGAAAAUUCAUUGCGUCUGGUACUUUGAUAAACUUUUCAAAAUGAAGUAAAAAGAUACUGUGAAUCGGAGUUAUUAUUGUGUUGUAGUUGUUCAAUGGAGUCUGGUAAAGUGGAGUAUCUCAGUUUAAAUGGUAUUGCUUAGCAUUUAACAGUUGUUCUGUGCAGUCAUAAACAAUUUUUAAUGCAUAUACUCAGACAGCUUUAAAGAAUUUAUGUUGGAGUUUCUUUUUUUUUUUUUUUUUUUUUUUUUUUUUUGGUUCGUUUUCUGUAUUACAUGAAUUUUCAUAUUGGUUGUAAUUAUACAUUUCUACCUCAAUCGUACAUGCUGAAUCGUAUAUAGUAAGACUACUAUUUACUGUGUGCUAGGCAACUUUGCAUUGAUAUAUAGACAUGUUGUUUGUUGUUGUAAACCAGUUCAGUGAUGAAUUCCUAAAGAACAAUCAUGAGUUAUCUAGCAAGUAUAUUUCAGCUGGUUUAUUAGCUGGCUAGAGUGUGGUUUGAUGGAAAGCAUGUUGUCAGUUUUAAUAGAAAAUAAUUAAUAUUACAGACGCAGCUAAUAUUUCAGAGUUAUAUUUUUCCCAUGUACUGUUUAAUCCUAUACUUUUGAUCAUUUCACUCAAGUCACAUUUGAUGGUUACCCACAGUUUUAUUAUCGUUCUUUGUAUCUUUUUAACAUUGCAUAAUAUUUAUCUGUUCUUAUUUGUGUAGUAAUGUAACCUGUAGAAUCGUAACUCUGUUUCUAAGCAUUCUUUUCAUAAAUAAGAUAAGCUAAAACUUUUUAAAAAAUCGAUUAGAAUGAGUUCUCUCUGUUCUAACACAAUGAAAUUUUAUCUUUUAAUUUAAUUUUGUUUAAAAUCGUACUAAGGGAUAUUCUAGUUUAAACAUUGAUACAAACAUCAUGUGUAUUUCCUUUUGGGAUGUUUUUAUGUAUUGCUUACAGUCUUGAGCUGUCAUAAAGGUACUCUGAGUCUCACAGUGAAUAACUAGAUUCAUAAACUUUUUUUUUUCAUUAUUCAGCCCAGUUAAAAUGAUUGUAUUGUGCAGAUUUAUUCAGGGAUUCAGCCUUCCAUAUAAAGGCAGCAGGAAACUUUUUUCAACUUUUUUUUUCUUGUGUUGUAUGAGUUGAUUGUAUUAAUAUUGGGAAUCAUUGUCAUGAUUUGUAGUUUGUUGUUCACUAACUCAUGAUAUACCUCACUCCAGUUUUGACUACAUUUGCAAUCCAGGGGUAUCUUGUCAUCAUUAACUACAUAGAAUAGGAACUGCCCUUAGAUAACAUGGUACUGGUUACGUUGUUUUAUGUUUCCUCCUUAUUAUUUAUAUUUUUUUUUUUACUUUCUAUUAAAAUAGAAUUGAGUGUAGAAUGUUGACAUUGAGCUGUUAUACUUUAAGUAUAAAAACUUUAUCAAAUUUUUAAUUAAUCAUUUUUGUAUCAUUAUUAUGUUUAGGUGGAUCAUUAAUUUACUUAAACGCUAAGUAUCAUAGAUGCUAAUUUAUUAUGCACCAUUAUCCUAAUAAUGUUACUAGUAAAGGUCUGCAUUUUUGUAUUACUAUUGACUACCUCUCAUUUUGUGUGUGCCCCGUCCCAUUAAUACAUCUUUUUUUGGUUGUUAAAAUAAUGAAAAGUCACUCCUUUAUAUACACCUACAUCUCAAUACAAUAUUAAGACAAUUGUUGGUGUGUGAUUUCUGUAAAGUAAAAGUAGGUUUGAAAAAUGAGAUGCUACCCAUUCUACAUUCUGUCAAUAUUUUACAAGAAAUGUUUCUUAUUUUACAUAUUCUGCUUAUUUUGUUUGGUUAUAUCUUGAUGACUUUCAUAAAGGUUUGAAGGCAUCAUAUAUGUAAAUCUACCUCAUACAAAUUAUAUUAUAUUCAGGUCUGUGAGUCAGAAGUUUUGGAUCCUGUAUUAGCAUUCUUUGAAAUAUAAAAACGUGUAAUGUCAAAAUCCUUUUUUUUUUAAAUCAUUGUUUUCCAAUUGUAGCUUAGUCUGUUUUCAGAAAAUUUUGACUUCCUAAUUAUUAUUUUUUAAAAAUUGUAUCUAUGUAUAUUACUAGAUAUUAUUUGUGUGAAUAUUGAUUUGUUUUUGUAAUAUAUCAAAUUUCAUUCUCUUAUCUUGAAAGGCAUUAUUUAAGUUUAAGGUAUAGGUUUACACGUAACAAUGAAAUGAAUAUUCUACAUAAAACAUGGGGAAUCUAGUGUAGGAAGGUCUGUACAUUUAACAACAUAAUUUUAAUAAUCCUAACUUCAGCAUUGUUUUUACCUAGAAUUAGAAUUAUUUAUUAAGAAUCAUUUGAGUCAUUUUUUCAUGUUUCAAAUAAUGUUUUUUGUAAAUAGAUAAUUACAAAUGAAAUAGAUUUGUUUACUAUUUAAAUCAUUUACUGUAGGAAUUUGAUUAGCUAAAAUAUAAACAAAUAUAUUUACAUGGUUCAAUACUUAAAAGUAAGUGUUCUUCAAAAAUAAUUUUUAAGUUUAAAUCUUUUUGUAACUGAAGUUUUUUUUUUUUUAGUUAAAUAUUUUUAUCUUUAAAGCACUUUGUUCAUCAUUGAACAGUUUAGCAUAUUUUCAUAAUAUAAAUAUUGUUCACAACAAGAUACAGACUUGUGACAGUAAUUCUCUGUUAGACCAAAAUUUCAAUUACUCUAUGUAAUAUCACAUGAACUUAAAGGUAUGACUCAGGGAAGUUGUUAGCAUAGGUUUGUACAAUUUAUUUAAUAAUUAUUCAGCCUAAUCACUAGUGUUCAAUCAUAUUUAUAGACUUCUUUGACAGACUAGACUUGCUAAUAUAACUCAUAUAGGAAGAUUGGGGAGUUCUUGUAUUGUCUUGAGUGGACUACUAUAGCUAAUAAUUAUUUUUUUUUAAUUUAAACUAAGCUUAUUAUUUUUAAAACACCCCUGACUGAUUGUUUGAUGUAUUAUGACUUUAUAUAUAUAUAUAUAUAUAUAUAUAUAUGUAUAAUUACUUUAAUAGUUUUAUUUCAAAAAAUUUUCUUUACUUACUGGUACCUGAUAAAAGACUUAAUACAUUAUUUCUGUCUGUAUCAUUGAGUCUCCUAAUCAUUUACAAUAGAAAAAUAUUGUUAAAAAUUGAAAUUAUACCCUGCCUUGAAUUCCAAGAACCUUUUUAAAUUCAUGAUUUGGUCUUUAAAAUUUUUAAUUUUAGAUUUAGGCUUCAAGCAGUCUGUCUAUAUAUAUAUAUAUUACUCCCAUUUUUUUACUAGACUGUAGAUUUUAUAAAUAUAAGUAUAUAAUAUGCUUAAUUCACUUUUUCAUUAGGAUACACACAGUUCUUUGUUGAUCAACUUUUAAUCCACCUUUAUUUACACCCCAAGAUUGACUGACACAUGUAGAAAUAAUAAAUAUUGAGUACUAUUGUCAAGCUGAAAUCUCUGGAAACAAAAGAGUGUUUGUGUACAAAUAUACCAAACAAGAAAUAUUUGAAGAAAGGGGGAUAGGGCUAAAAAAGAAUUGUUUUACUAUUGCAAGUAAUGAUUGAACUGAUGACUUUUUUUUGUUCUCUCAAUAAUCAUUUGUUUUCUGUUUUGCCAGUGAUAUUCAUUGUACCCAAGUGUUAUUGUUCAAAGAAAUGUCAAUUAUUUCACAUAUAUAUUGAUGUAAUAUAUAUAUAUUUGUGUUUUGUGAUGCACAUGUUUUUUUUUUUUUCUGUUUUUUUUUUUAAAUUAAUUCCUUUAUUUUAACAGCAAACUAGAAAUCUUGCAGCAUAAUGAUAAAACUCAUUGAAACAACAGUAAUAAGUUUAAAUGUUGCCUCAUUCCAGUAUAUUGACUCAUGGAUUAUAUAAAACAAAUAUGGACCUCAUUGAAAACAAGCCCUAAUGCUUAUCUCAGUUUGACAUGACUUUAGCAAUAUUGUUUGAGUUUAUUUGUUUCAUCUCUUUCGUGUUGAAUUUAUAGACACUAUUUGAUUGUUGCACUGCAUUCAUAUAAAGAACUUUUUUUUGUACCAGUCAAUUUUGUGCACUUAUUUUAACAUUCAGGUUUUGCUGUAAAUCUUAGAACUAUGCACCUUGCAGUGCAACUAUUUUAAAUUGAAUUUUUAAUGUUUGUAUAAACAGUGUGAACCACAGAUUGGAUACAGGGCACAUUAUGCAAUAGUAUUUGUCUUAGUAGUAUCCUUGUAACUGGCAGCUAUAAGAAGUUCAGUUUCAUUUCUCACUAUAUACAAAACAAUACCAAUAAAUGUAUUUAUAAAAUAGUGUAGCAAAAUAUAUUUGAAGAUCAUGGUGCUGAAAAUGACAAAAUGCUUAAAAAAACAUUCUGUUGCUAAGUUUCUUUAUGGCUAUACUUUUAACAUGAAUGCUUAGAUACAAAUUUUGGCUUUUUUUUUUCAGGUACUAUUGACAGUAAUAAUUAAUACUAAUGGUAAAAUGUUAAAGUGUAGCUCUAAUGAUUCAGCAUCUUGUUUAUAAUAUUUGCACAAAUGCCUGCAAUGUUCUCAAUUUUAAUGCAAUCAAUGGCAAAAAAACAACUGAAAUUGCACAUUUUGGUCUAUAUCUUUUCUGUGGUGUCAACAUUUGUAUUAUUUCUGAACAAAUAAUAUCUUUUAACAAAACACAAUGACAACAUUAUUUCUAUUUGCCUCUCCUUUUUUAUGGAGCUCCAGAUAGCAGGGAUAAUCUUAUUACCUCAAACCUCCUACCUUCAUUCUGUGGAAUGGAGUGCAUUUUUUUAAAAACUUUUUAUAUUCAAUACUUGCAGCAGACUCAUCAAUGUGUCAAUAUCAUAUAUUUAUUCAUGUCUAACUAAUAUGCAGUCAGCCUCCAUUAGCCAGCAUUUUUUGUUCACCAUUUUUGCAGUUUAUAACUGUAUGAAAUCCUAUAUCAAGACUUAAAGGAAAUUUUGCAUAAUUUCAGAGCAGCUAAGCUAUAUAUAUAUAUAUAUAUAUAUUUAAAUAGCAGGUGCAAUAGAUUGUUUCUUAUGGAGGAAUUUUCAUUGCAGAAAUAACAUUUUUAUUUUUUAGAAAUAAUACAUUGAUAAUAUUAUACAUAUAUAUAUAUAUUAACAUUUUAUAUAUAGAUGUUUUUUGUGUGUGUUAUAUAUAAAUAUAUAUAAAUAUGUGUAUCUAUAUACUAUCUGUGUGUCUUGUGUAUUAAUUUUUUUUUCUCUUAUGAUAUCACUCUUGUUUCUCUUUUUUUUUUUUUAUUUGUAAACAUUUAAAAAUAAUUGAAUUUAUUAUUUUAUUGUAGCGUGCCUAUGACCCAAUCAUUCAUAAACGCUAAUAAGAUUGUUUAAAUUUCAUUGUAGGGAAAAAUAAUUUUGUAUUAAUUGUAGUUAUCAAUUUUUACUAAAUAAAUUUCCAAUAAUGUAUUUUCGGCCUAAUUGAUUUUUUAAAAAAUUUCCUAUAUUUAAAUAUGUUAAAAGGCAAUCAGGUAUUCGUUUAAAAAGCAUUAGUUUUCUAAGAUUAAUGUCAAAGUGAAAAUAUUUGCUCAACUUUCAAUUUUUACUCUGCCUAAGUAAAUUGUAAUUGGUAUAUUUUAGUCCUUGGAUGUGUAUUAUUUCAAAUAGUCUUGAAAUUACCAAUUAUGAAUGCCAUUUAAACCUGUGUUUUAACUCAAAUUAUUGUCAUAAUGUUUUUUUUGUAUUUUUAAUUUCCUUAAACUUAUGACCCUUUACUAACUGCUUUAAUGUUCAUUACAUUAACAAACUAGAAAUAGUUUUCUUUUGGAUAAUCAUUACUUUAACAUUUGUUGAUCUACAAGUCAUUCAUACAAUGUAAUUGAUAACUUCCUAAAGGAUUUUUUUUUCUUCUGAGCAUACUGAUAUUGCAAUAUCUCUGUGUGCUGUUGUUUUUUAAACGGGUUUUUGCCUCAAACAAUGUAAAUCACUUCCCACUGGUGCUCUGGAUAGCAGUACCAAGGUUUUAUUUUCUUUCUUUCUCAGGAAUACAAGUUUACAAAAUCGAUUCCAGUUUGUAGACUUGCUGUUUAGCUAAAUUAGAGCAAUAAUGACUUAAGUUGUUUUGGGUUUUAAUUUCUCAGCAUAUUUAUUUAUAAAAUACGUGUGAUUCGACUGUUUCUUUUGUGUAGGACUAGAAAUAGAUUUCCUAUCUUAUUCCAUUACUGCAUGUAAGAUUUGAAUGUUGUAUUAUUUACCCUACUUUUCCUAAUAUCUUCUAUAUUUUUAACUUGGUUCUAAUUGUUAUAAAGUUAUUAAAGAAACAUUUGUUAUUUUACUGUAAUAUACUUUUUUUUUUUUUGUUCUUCAUGUGAUUCAUUUUAGAUGACUGUGUACUUCUAUGUUUAUAAGUGAUGACAUCACUCUAAUGUUGACAAGCCUGUCAAUUUAACAGUUUUCUUUUGCUUAAGAUUUUGUUUUUAAAAGAUAGAAUUGUUUCAGCCAUUGCAGCAACUAAUUCUUAUUUUUUAACUUCUGACAUUGUAUUCACUGACCAAUUUUUAAUUCAGAUAUAUGAAAGAAGCUAUUCUCCACUAGUGAUUCUUACUAGACUGGGCUAUGUAACUAUGAUUAAUUUUUACUUUGGAAAAGGAACAUUUUAUAAAUUAUUAAUUGGUGUUAUUUGUUUUAGCAACUGACAUGCAUUAGAGACACUACUAAGAAAGAAAUGUAGUUCUUAUAGACGAAGGCAAGGCUGUGAAGCAAUAUCUCAAAAUUGUUACAUUUAUUAGGCAUUUGUUAAUAAUUGGUGUUUUUUUUUUCCCCUCUUAUAGCUGGUGUUGUUUCUUGAGAGCAUUAUAGCUGCUGUCCUAAAUAAAUGUCUCCAUAAUCAAAAAGUAAAUGAAGUGUGCUGUAUUUCAAUGACAUUUUUGUUUGUUACUUGGGUAGUCGGAACAAUUUAAAACAAUGAAACAUGG